GGUGCAUUUGAGUAUUUGACUCUUGCCAGCGAGGAAAGCCAAAACAACCGCUGAAUUCAAAAUCCACCACCCACCGAAAAUUUCCCAAAAAACAUUGAUGUAGGGAACGGAAGGGCCCGGUUUUUGGUGUCCAACACCCUAUUUAAUUCACCACACUGUGCUUUUUACUCCAACCGCGCCCCCACACCCCGCUCCUCUCGCUCCUCGCUCCCUUUUCACCUUCCCCUUCGCAGGCUCCCCCUCCCGUGCCGUGCUCUCUCAACAAGGGAGAAGGGGAAACCACCACCACCACCACACUUGAUAAGAAGGGGGCCGCACGCGCCUGCCCGCUCCCGCCGCUACGCCAUGGACGCCUGGGAGGCCACCAAGGCGGUGUUCGACCGGGUGCGGGCGCUGGACCCGGACAACGCGUCCAAGAUCAUGGGCCUGCUGCUCAUCCAGGACAACAGCGACAAGGAGCUCAUCCGCCUCGCCUUCGGCCCCGACCACCUCCUCCACGCCUUCGUCUCCGCCGCGCGCGCCGACCUCGCCGCCAAGCCCGCGUCCCCGCCGUCGCCCGUGCUGGGCCCGCUCCACCAGACCUGGGGAGCGCCGCCGCACCCGAGCCCUACCGCUGGCUCCGACCACCAACACCAGGCCCCCUUCGCCGCCGACCUCGCGCUCGGCUACGACUUCGACGGCGCCGGCGCCGGCGCUGACGCGUUCUUCCCCGACGACUACGACUGCUGGUCACCGGCCGGCGCCGCCCACCGCCGCAGCUUCUCGCUCAGCGACGCCGAGGCCACCGCCGCCGCCGCCGGAGGCGCUGCGUGGAGGCCAUGCAUGUACUUCGCGCGCGGGUUCUGCAAGAACGGCUCCUCCUGCCGCUUCCUCCACGGCUUUCCGGAGGACGAUGACGCCGCCGCGGAGCGCGAGAUGGUCGUCAUGCGCGCCAAAGCCCUUGCCGCCGCCGCCGCGCGCCCCCAGCAGCAGCAGCAGCUCAUGGCGUCCGCGUUUCCCUUCUCGCCGUCGCCGCCCAAGGGCGUCAACCUCAACUUCCUGCUCCACCAGCACCAGCAGCAGAACGAGCCGCAAAGGGCGGCGGCGGCGGCGGCCAUGCUGCUCCAGGGCGGCGACGACAUGCACAGCAGGUUCCCGGUGCGGUCGCCCCGGAUGGACCGCGGCGAGCUCAUGUCCAGCCCCGCCGCGCGGCAGAUCUACCUCACCUUCCCGGCCGACUCCACCUUCAGCGAGGAGGACGUCUCCAACUACUUCAGCAUGUACGGGCCGGUGCAGGACGUGCGCAUCCCGUACCAGCAGAAGCGCAUGUUCGGCUUCGUCACCUUCGUCUACGCCGAGACGGUGAAGAUCAUCCUCAGCAAGGGCAACCCGCACUUCGUUUGCGACGCUCGCGUGCUCGUCAAGCCCUACAAGGAGAAGGGCAAGGUCCCCGACAGGUUCAGGAAGCUGCAGCACCCGCACCACGGCGACUUCGCCGGCUGCACGUCGCCCACCGGACUGCUGGAUUCCAGGGACCCCUUCGACCUGCAGCAACCGCAGAUUGGACCUAGGAUGAUGUACGGGAACGUUGCUGGCCACGAAGCAUUCCUGAGGAGGAAACUGGAAGAGCAGCAGCAGGCGGCCGAGCUGCAGCAGGCCAUCGAGCUGGAGGGGCGCCGCUUCAUGGGGCUGCACCUCCUCGACCUCAAGAGCAGGGGCCACCACCACCUCGGCUCCUCCCCCGCGGCCAUGGCCACCACCACUCUGGGGCAAGGCGACGACGGCUGCAAAGGCCGCAGCGCCAACGGGAAUGACAAUGCCGUCGCCUUCCAUUUGGAGGAUGCCAACAUCCAAGCAGAUACUCCUACCAAGAUGAACAGUAACAGCCUUGCAAUGAGUGGUGGGCCUGCAGCCGGUGCAGGAGGCGAGCACGAGGAGCAGCAGCAGGAUGGGGACGGGGAUGGCAGUCCCAAGCAGGCAGUCAACCCUGGGAAAGAGGAGAAGACGGAAUCUGGUCCUGUCACAGCCACGCCCAUUGUUGCCUGUGGAUUCCAAGAAAGUGGCGUGGUGGAGCACAUCUUGCCUGACAGCCCCUUUGCGUCCCCCAGCAAGGCCUCCACUCAAAAUGGGAGCAUCAUCAGCAAUGCGGCUUCAUCCCUCUUCCCCCCGCCUGCAUCCACCAUGGAGCUGCCCCCGUACAGCUCUUGCUUCUUCCAGGCGCCCAGGUUUUCUCCUGGGCAUGAAGCCAUUGGGCUGUGAAUACAGAACAAGGGGAGGGGGUCUGCUUUCCUCUAAUCUGUGAGGACUAUCGGUGACCCCGUCAAGUGGAGGCAAGAGUUAGGAAGCUUUGAUUAACAAAUACUAGGUGUAUGUUCAGAGAGAGGGACAGCAACAACAGCAACCAAAAAAGAGAGAGAGAGACAGACAAGUCUAGGUUGUUUUAGCUCUAGGCCCUAAGUAUAUGAUGAUAGCAGUCGUAUAAAUAACAGUGUUUUAGUAAGUAUCUCCUGCCGGGUAUGAAGACUCAAGAACAAAGGUCAGAUCUCGCGUAUGCUCGUUUGUAGCAGUGUGGAUCUGAUACAGGUAAUUGAAACCUUUAGAUGGUGGUAGGGCUAGUAGUGAGCAGUAGACGACAACUAGUCCUGGCAGCCAGUUGUAGUGAGGUGACAUGGCUGCAUACAGACAUCCAACCAAAGGAAACAGAGGGUGUGGUGUGGAAAGAAGGGGAGAGUGGACAAAAGCCAGACAUGGCUGGCGCUGCUGCUGCAUAGGCACAGGCACAGGCACAGGGAAAGGUGAUGAGACGAGAGGGGUGGGGUGGUACUCUGCUGGGACCGGCGCACUCACGGGUGCGGAGAAUCAGCUUCGCCUCACGAGCGAUGCAGCAGCGGAGACACAGACACCUCUCGUCUGCGUACUGUUUCGCCCAUGCUCUUGUCUUGUACGCAUGCAGCAGCGCUCCUUGUCCUUUGGCUCCAUCGAUGUAUUACCUGCUCUUCUUUUCAACUAGGAGUUUAGCGGACAAAGAAAUGAAAAAGUAAUUAGCAGUCAUUUAUCUUGGUCAAUGGAGUUUAUGUUUUGGUUGGUUCUUA